AUGGCGCUUGAUUAUUUGUCUGUAUUGGCUACUUCAGAGCCGAGUGAAGAAGCCUUCUUUGCUUCAGGAACAACUAUCAGUUCUCGAAGGGCCAGGCUUAAGGAUGAUGCUAUCACGACGAUUUCGGAGUUGCAAACAUUUUUAGCAUUUAGCAUGACCUCAGAUGAUACAUAUGCCGAUCCCGUCGACAUUAACAAGCAAGUGUAA